AUGUCAGACUCACGACUUUUCCAGCCCCUCAAGUUGGGCAACAUCCAACUUAAGAACCGCGUCGUCAUGGCUCCACUCACGCGAUUCCGCGCAACGGACGCUCAUGUGCCAUUGCCAAUGGUUGCUGAAUAUUACGGGCAGCGCGCCUCAGUGCCCGGAACGCUCCUCAUCACAGAAGCGACUUUCAUCUCACCUCAAGCGGGUGGCUACGCAAAUGUUCCCGGCAUCUAUAACCAAGACCAGGUCGACGCCUGGAGGAAAGUGACGGAUGAGGUGCACAAGAAGGGAAGCUUCAUCUACCUACAGUUGUGGGCCUUGGGAAGAGUUGCAGACGUGAAGCAGUCGGAGAAGGAAAGUAUCACGGUGAAGAGUUCGAGUGCGGUGCCAUUGGACAAAGACCAUGCGACUCCCAAAGAGAUGACGAUUCCUGAAAUCAAGGAAAUGAUCGGGACAUAUGCGCAGGCUGCUAAGAAUGCCAUCGCGGCGGGAUUUGACGGCGUGGAGCUACACGGCGCGAACGGAUACCUUAUCGACCAGUUCAUCCAGGAUAACGUCAACCAGCGGACCGAUGAGUACGGUGGCAGCGUCGAGAACCGCUCAAGGUUUGCCAUCGAUGCUGUGAAGGCUGUCGUUGAUGCCGUAGGCGCCGAGAGAACCGGGAUUAGGCUAUCGCCUUUCAGCACCUUCCAGGGCAUGCGCAUGAAGGACCCAGUCCCCCAAUUCUCCCACCUCAUCAAGCGACUCAACGAUUUUAACUUAUCCUACGUCCACCUCGUCGAAUCGCGCAUAUCCGGUAACGCGGACGUGGAAUCCACCGACCGCAUUGAGCCGUUCUUCGAUCUCUUCGAUGGCCCCAUCCUUGCUGCUGGAGGCUUCAAGCCAGACUCGGCUAGGCGGUUAGUCGACGACGAGCAGCCGAAGCGCGACAUCGCGGUCGUAUUUGGGAGGUACUUCAUUAGUACUCCUGACCUCGUUUUCCGACUGAAGAAUGGGAUCGAACUGAAUCCUUAUAACAGGAAUACGUUCUAUCUACCGAUGAAAGAGGAGGGAUAUACGGAUUAUCCGUUUAGCAAGGAGUUUUCGGCUACUGCGAAUCUGUGA